AUGAAGCUUUUUUUGCCCAUUGCUAUUGCCUUGGCUUACUUGCCGGCUGCAGUCCUAGCUGCUGGCACCGGCAAGACUGUGUUAUACAAAAACGAUUUCGAGCACCCAAUUUCGGGUCAUGUCCCCGUUCAGACCACCGAUGGAUGCACCUGGGUGGGCACCGCUCACCCCUAUAUAAAUCCUGUCUAUGGAGGUCAAGGAGGACCGGAUUAUUCACAGACGACUCAUGGUACUGGUGAAUUCAAGCAAGUCAACACAGUUGAGGUCAACACGAUCUCCGGCGGCCAGCCUUUUAAGGGUACGGACAAUUCACUCCUGGGGACCUACUAUGAGACUCCUCCUGGAACGGGCGGCAAGUAUUCGAUUGGAGCGGCAAACUAUGAUGAACUGACUUUGGAUUUUAAUGGCAUUGUCGGCCAAGAGUUCUUCACUAUCGAGAUGGAUAUGGCCCAGAUGAUCACGUCUCCGAAGUGCGAGAACAAUGCGAAUACGAAUCGCACGAUUGAUGUUCCCACCAUGACUCUCACGUUGCUUCAAGAUGAUGAUCGCAAUGGAUGUACCGGAUCUUGCAAUACCGCUGCAACCAUCAACCAGGGCUGGGAGCGGGUGGACUCGAAAAUUGUAACGGGAAGCCGCUACUACACCUUGAUUGACAACAUCGAGAUCUACGUGACGACUACUUCUCCGCCAACGAAAGCGCCCACACCCGCCCCUACUUCUCCACCAUCGAAAGCGCCCACACCUGCUAAUGUGCCAGCGAAGACAGCGUCUAGCAAUGGUGAUCCACAUUUCAAGACUUGGACUGGUGAGAAGUUUGACUUCCACGGCCAAUGCGACCUUGUAUUACUCUCCGACCCUUUCUUUGCCAACGAAUUGGGCCUCACUAUUCAUAUUCGCACCAAGAUCACUGAUUGGUGGUCCUAUAUUGAGAGCGCUGUCAUCCAGCUAGGAGACCAAUCGCUGGAACUGACCGGGGGCUCCAAUGGAGACGAUCCUGUGUAUUGGGUGAAUGGUGUGCCUGGUACUUCAACCGCUGUAGAAGCUCUCGAGACGAAAUUGGCAUCCAUCAUUCCCGGUUUCAAGGUUCACUACAAGCACAUCAGUGCCGUUCAACACAAGUUUCGAAUUGAUCUAAACCUUCAGGGGGAUGCCCUCAGUUUGGAAACAUACAAAGAUUGGAUUGCCGUCAACGUGAAGGCCAAUAAGGAAGAGCACUUUUCUGGCACUCUGGGUUUGAUGGGUGCCUUCCCAUCUGGAAGAAAGGUCGCUCGCGAUGGAACGACGGUGAUUGAAGAUCCCAUUGAAUUUGGAAAACAUUGGCAGGUUCAACUGAAUGAACCCAUGUUGUUCCAUUCCGAAUUGGGCACCGUCCAGGCGCCUGAAGAAUGCGCCAUGCCCUCCGAGAGCACCAUGAAAUCUCGCAAGCGCCGACUUGGAGAAUCCAAAAUGACCAUGGAAGCUGCCAAACUUGCCUGUGGCAGGGUUGAUCCCAGCAACCUAGACUCUUGUGUCUUUGAUGUCUUGGCAACCCAGGAUAAGGGCGUAGCUGGUGCCUAUUGA